UUCAAGACUAUUUAUUGAGCACACUUUCUACGUGCCAGCUUCUGUUUUAGUGCUAGGGACUGCAAUAGUGGGAAUACAAAAGCCCAAGUCUCCUGGAGUUGAUAUUGUAUAGAAAACAAAUAAAUUAAUUAAAUACAUACAGAUAAUAAUGAAUGCUGGGAGGGAACAAAAUAGUGUCUUGGGUUUGAAAAUAUUAUUUAAGGAAGCCAGGAAAGGCCUUUUUCACGAGGUAACAUUUAAGUUGAGACAUGAAGGAUGAGAAGCCACUAAAGUGAAGUGCUAAGGAGAAAAACAAUUUUCUCAGCACCAGAAGAGUAUGCAUGAAGACCUAACACAGGAAAGAAAUGUGUUAUUAGAAACCAGUAUAUCUUGAGCCCAAUGAAUCAGAGUUGGGAAAAAUGGUAUGAGAUCAGAUGGGAAGUUACCUGAAGUUACUGAAUUGUUCCAUUAACUAACAUGGGAAGUUACUGAAGAAUGACAUGGCCCAAUGGGUUUUAUAAAAGCUUAUUCUUUCAGCUAUGUAGAGAAGGGAUUAGAUAGGGUUGAGAUUAGAAGCUGAGCGAUCCCUUAGGAGACUAAUUUUCAGGCAAGUAAAUAUGGAAGAUUAAACUAGGGUGUUGACAAUAGAAAUGGAGAAAAGCAGAUGGAUUCAAGAUAUAUUUUGGAGGUAGAACCAGUGAAACUUAUAUUCAGAAUUUUCUUAAAAGAGACCAUAAGGAAGUGAAUUGAAAAUUGGGUGAAGGAAUGAAUGUAUUUAAAAGGAAAAGGUGACAUUUUGAGGAAAGAAAGAAUGGCAAAAGUAUACACUAAGUAACAACCUAUUAAUAAAAGUAACAUAUUAAAGUGGUCACAUUUACAACUCUAAUCUGAUGUCCUACACUGGGCCUCAAUUAUCUUAAAAUAAGAUAUUAAACCAAGGCAGAAAAAGAGAAGAAAUACUUCAAGGUUUUUAGCCUUAAAUGGUUGAGCCCAGGCCACUGAAAAAAAUAUAAUUUACCCAAUUAAAAUAACGAAGCAAGAUUUAACUAAGAUCAUUUUAGUGAGAAACAGUUGUUCUCACCCUGGCUGCCCAUUAGAAUUCCCUGGGGAGCUUUUAAAAACUAGAAGCCCAGGUUCCACUGGAGUGAUUCUGAUUUAAUUGGUCUGAGGUAGACCCAGGCAUCGGUAUUUUUUAAAAAGCUCCUUAGAGACUUCUAACGAGCAGCCAGGAUGGAGAGUCUUGAGUUAGAAGUAGAGUACAGCUAAGGAUGCCACAUCAAUAAACCUAUUCUGCUAAUGAAAGAUUAAUAGAGAAAAUAGGAUGAAAGAACUUUGAUCCCAGACAAGGAAUACAGGCCUAUUGGUUACAAGGACAUAAUUCAAGACCACAAGAAAAUAAAAGUCCAUUUUCCUCUGAGUGACUUUUUUUUUAAGCUGGCAGAAAAUGGCAUUAUGCCCACCUUGUUAAUAACACGGACACUCAUACAGAUGCCACACAUAUUUUAAAAUAUAUUUUAUUUCCAUUAUGAACAACAAAAAGAGAGUAACAGCUGAUGGUUGACUACAAGAAAAAUAGAAAAGAGCAGAGUGUCAAUAUUGCCCAGACAAGGAAACACAGGAAAAAAUGAAUUGCAUUGAGAAAGUGAUUAAAAGAAAUUGAUUCCGUUAUUUCUGAGAGAAAAAAAUGCAUAUAUAUAUAGAAUACACCUAGCAACGAGUUUGCUUGUAUCACAUGGCUCUUGAGUCUGCACUUUUCAGGAUUUAACUCUUGAGAGAGCCACAGAAUUAUCAGAGCAGAGCCGAAAGCCAAGUAACUAUUCUUCUAAGUAGAACCAGAAACAUAAUUCUUCCCCAACUGCAAUGAAGAUUCGCCGGUGGGUGAAUGGGCAACUGAAGGCCAGAGAAGUUCUAUUACUUGCCCUAAAUCACUCAACUAAUUAGUGGUCAUACUGGAAUCAGAACCAAGAUUUUGCAUUGUUAGGUUUUAAUUUUGUUACAUUUGCACUCUAACUGCACUGAAAACAGAAAAAAGAAAUGCGUAGUGCAAUUUCUAAAUUGCCACAGCUGGAGCACUUUAAGAGCUACAAUUGUCCAGUUAAGGCGGUAGUGGGUGGAUGGUGCCGCCAUGUUAAUUCGGUGGAAUAAAACCAGAGGUGAGUUAGGCCGGGCGCGGUGGCUCACGCUUGUAAUCCCAGCACUUUGGGAGGCCGAGGUGGGCGGGAUCACCUGAGGUCGCGAGUUCGAGACCAGCCUGACCAACAGGGAGAAACCCCGUCUACCAAAAAUACAAAAUUAGCCGGCCCUGGUGGCGUGCGCCUGUAAUCCCAGCAACUCGGGAGACUGAGGCAGGAGAAUCGCUUGAACCCAGGAGGCGGAGGUUGCGGUGAGCGGAGGUCGCGCCAUUGCACUCCAGCCUGGGAAACAAGAGCGAAACUCCGUCUCAAAAAAAAAACCAAAAACAAAAAAACAAAAAAAAAACAGAGGUGAGUUCAGCAGAAGAAACAAAGGUGGAUUAUUAGUCUUAAGUGGGCGUGCCUACUUCAGGAAGGGAGUGAAAGCAAAAAACUGAGGAGCUAAGGGUAGGAGGGGGAAUGAAAGGAUCUCAGAAUGUGGGCGUCGUGGGUGGGAAAAGGGAUGCCAGGACACCAGAAGAGCAAUACAAAACAGCUCCCGUGAGCAGGCACAGGAGACCUUCCGCGCCGCCGGCCGGGCGACCCCGCAGGAAGUAGGAAGGACGAGCGCGCACUACAAGUCCCAGAAGCCCCCGUUUCCUGGAGUCCGCGCCGUGCCGCGCUACGCCCGCCGGGAGCCGGCCAGAGCGGCCAAGAUGUCGCAGCCCAAGAAAAGAAAGCUUGAGUCGGGGGGCGGCGGCGAAGGAGGGGAGGGAACUGAAGAGGAAGAUGGCGCGGAGCGGGAGGCGGCCCUGGAGCGACCCCGGAGGACUAAGCGGGAGCGGGACCAGCUGUACUACGAGUGCUACUCGGACGUUUCGGUCCACGAGGAGAUGAUCGCGGACCGCGUCCGCACCGAUGCCUACCGCCUGGGUAUCCUUCGGAACUGGGCAGCACUGCGAGGCAAGACGGUACUGGACGUGGGCGCGGGCACCGGCAUUCUGAGCAUCUUCUGUGCCCAGGCCGGGGCCCGGCGCGUGUACGCGGUAGAGGCCAGCGCCAUCUGGCAACAGGCCCGGGAGGUGGUGCGGUUCAACGGGCUGGAGGACCGGGUGCACGUCCUGCCGGGACCGGUGGAGACUGUGGAGUUGCCAGAACAGGUGGAUGCCAUCGUGAGCGAGUGGAUGGGCUACGGACUCCUGCACGAGUCCAUGCUGAGCUCCGUCCUCCACGCGCGAACCAAGUGGCUGAAGGAGGGCGGUCUUCUCCUGCCGGCCUCCGCCGAGCUCUUCAUAGCCCCCAUCAGCGACCAGAUGCUGGAAUGGCGCCUGGGCUUCUGGAGCCAGGUGAAGCAGCACUAUGGUGUGGACAUGAGCUGCCUGGAGGGCUUCGCCACGCGCUGUCUCAUGGGCCACUCGGAGAUCGUUGUGCAGGGAUUGUCCGGCGAGGACGUGCUGGCCCGGCCGCAGCGCUUUGCUCAGCUGGAGCUCUCCCGCGCCGGCUUGGAGCAGGAGCUGGAGGCCGGAGUGGGCGGGCGCUUCCGCUGCAGCUGCUAUGGCUCGGCGCCCAUGCAUGGCUUUGCCAUCUGGUUCCAGGUGACCUUCCCUGGAGGGGAGUCGGAGAAACCCCUGGUGCUGUCCACCUCGCCUUUUCACCCGGCCACUCACUGGAAACAGGCGCUCCUCUACCUGAACGAGCCUGUGCAAGUGGAGCAAGACACGGACGUUUCAGGAGAGAUCACGCUGCUGCCCUCCCGGGACAACCCCCGUCGCCUGCGCGUGCUGCUGCGCUACAAAGUGGGAGACCAGGAGGAGAAGACCAAAGACUUUGCCAUGGAGGACUGAGCGUUGCCUUUUCUCCCAGCUACCUCCCAAAGCAGCCUGACCUGCGUGGGAGAGGCGUAGCGAGAUCGGAGGGGAAAGGGAGAUCCCACGUGCAAGUAGGGGGAAUAUCUCUCCCUUUUCCCUCAUAGCCUCUAGGAAGGGAGAGUGACUUCAUUCUCCAUUUGAAGAGAUUCUUCUGGUGAUGUUUACUUAAAAAGUGAUCCCCCUCAACAACGGAUACAACGUGCUUAUUAUUGGGCAUUUAGCCUCAAAAGCAUGUAGUACCAAGCACUUGUAUUUCCGUAUAUUUUGUUUCGCGGAGGAGGGAGGGGGAAGAACACGGAUGAAAAUGUCAGUUUUUGAAGGGUCCAUGCACAUCCCUGACACCUCACACCUUAUCUAAGUCUGAAGCUGGGGAGAAAGGGGUUCAUUUAGACUUCAUACAUUUCCAGUACGACUUUAGUAUCUCUCUAGAGCCAUAUUUUCUCAGUCCGAAUUAAUUCCCCCUCCCUAGGUGCCUGUAGGCUAUGGUACUUCUUCCUCAUUGUUUUCUAGGUAAACUUCACUACUGGUAAUUAAGGGGAAGGAUAUGAGGAAGCAGUUUAAAUAGCCCUGUUCUCAUUACUCUGACCACAUACAUCAUAGGGUGCUAAAGUUGAUGAACACAUUAAUCCGUUAAGUAAAAUGGACUUUGUAAUUGUACAGCAUACCUAAGAAACUCAGAAGGUGCAUUUAAGAGAGAGACCUGAAAGAAAUAGUAUGGAUUUUUAAAAAUUCUUGUCUCUACUAUUACAACCAAAAAAUAUUUCUUGUAUGUCCCAUAAAAAUAUUUGUGUAAUUCUUAUGAAACAGGCUGGUAGAGGAGGUUUCUGAGCCCAGCCCAAGGGCUUAUUCAUCACCAUGGGUAAAUUAUUUAAACUCAAUUAAGGAAAAUAUUUUCCCAGCUAGAAAAGUAUACUCAUUCUCAUUUAAACUCUCUCAUUUGGAGGGAUCAUGUGAGUUGGCCUACUUACGAGUAGUGAAAGUUCCCUUUUCAGUUUUGUUUUGGUUUUUUUUGUCUCUUUCACUCAGCCAAAUGUGAAAGUUGUGAAUUUACGAAAAUCACUUGUAAUGAAGUGUGAAUCUUGUUAUCAAAUUUAUUUCACUGAUGUUUCCUUCCUUAUCCUUGUAGCCAAUAAAACAUUGACAUUCUCACGUUUUAUAGAUGAAGUAAAAAGUCUUGUGUGCUAUGAGUUAUAAUGCUUUUGCCUUUUUAAUAUUAUUAGUUCUUAAGUGUUACAGCCCCUUCAGAAUAUAACUUCAGGACAAUUCAAACUAUGCUUAAUGUAUGAUUUUCGAGCUUCUGUAUGCUAAGAAAACAGGUGUGAAAAACUGGUGUUCUGAAAUAGCCUAACAUUUACUGUAAUUCUGAGUUUUCUGCCCUUUUAUUCAUUGCAUAUUAAAGUAUUAGAGUAUAAAAA